AUGCCUGCUUCAAAACCUAUGAAAUUAAAAGCUGCUCGUUACAAUGCGAUUGAAACUCGCCCGAAUCCAGUUGAAAAGAUGAUUUCAACUGACAAAACUCAGGAAACCGAGUUAGAUAUACAGAAACAAGAGUUUAAAAUGAUGAUUUGUGUCAUUGAAGAGGCGAUUAAACAAAGGAAAGAGGACAACAAUGGCCCUUUUUAUGAGCUAAUUCGUCAAAUAAACAAUUCAUCGAAUAUUAAUCCAAAUCCAAAGAAAUUAAAGAUUUGGUGUUUAGCCCUCUCUCGGACAUCACAUAAAUUCGAUGCAACUUGUUCAGAUCUCGUUUAUACUUUAUUGAAUUUAAAUUGGGCAGAUCAUGACAAUAAUUUGGCCAUAGCAUAUGUAAUGUUGUUAACCAAUUUAGUGGCAGCUUAUCCGUCUUGUACAGAAGCCAUGUUGGAAAUGUUGGUCAAAAAUUUUCUUUAUAAGGAGGAUAAAGAACUUGAAGUACUAGAAAUGGAAAAGGCACAUGGCAAGGUACAUUAUGCGAUUAAAAAUCUUGUUCAUAGGAUUCCCCAGGGAGAAAAAGAACUUUUUCAUAUAUUAUAUAGGGGAUUUCCGCACAAACGAGAAUCUCUUGGAGCAUACAUAGUGUACGUAAAAAAUUUACUGCAAUUGAUUGAGUAUACACCCUCCUUACAACAUAAAAUCUUAACUUUAAUUUUCGAACGAAUGAUUGAACUUGACACCGAAGUUCAAGGACAAAUCGAUGAGAUCGAAGAUAUGGAAGAAGGUUUAGAUGAAUUUAACGUAGGCCUUUACAGCACUAGAUACAGUUCGACUGAUUUUUACAAAUUAAGACCCAAUUUUGAAGAUUAUGAUGAUGCAAACGCGGAAUCUCUCGAUUUGGAUAUCGAGGAUUCCGCACCUGUCGUUAUUGCUGUUGAUAUUGCAAACGGAAUCCAAAAAUUAGAUUGUAUUAUCAAACUGGUUUUGGAUUACCUUGACUACUCUUAUAAAAACGGAACUCAAGAACAACGAAUGAAAUUGACCGAAACUAUCUUCACGAUAUUCGAGAAAUUUAUAUUAUAUACUAUCAAAUCACGAUAUAUCCAAUUUAUACCAUUUUGGUAUUUCUCAUUGGAUAGAAUGUAUGCACUUCGAUUCAUCAAAUUACUUCUCCAUAAAUUAAUCGACGAUGAAGGAAAGGGAAUUAUCCAAAAAGCUGCUGCACAAUACGUUGCAUCAUAUAUUGCCCGUGCAAAAUAUUUAGAUGUUGAAGAUGUCAUUUACUGCAUGCGCGCAUUAACACAAUGGGCAACAGAGUAUGUUAUGACUCAUAAAAACAUCAUUCGUAUUCCAGAUGAGUCGAAACAUGAAAAGUUUUAUCUAAUUGUACAAACGGCGAUGUACAUUUUUUGUUUUCGGUGGAAAAACUUUUGUGAAAUCAACGUAGGAAACAAGAAGAUAUGGAGCAAAGAAGCGGAAGAUUUAAAGGAAAUUAUUGGAUCAAUUUUUUGUCCUUUGAAAUAUUGUGUUAAAAAUACGGUUAAGAUGUUUUCCUUCAUUUCAAAAGCCGUAGGGUUUAUGACUUGCGAGGAGUAUACUCAUAUAGACAAUAGAAAUUAUUCUAUCUUAUCAAUGGAAGAGUACUUCCCAUACGAUCCUUUCCGUCUAAAAACUUCUCAAGCCUAUUUGGAAGGAUUAUAUCAAGUUUGGGAAGGAUUUCCAGAAGGAUCUAAUGAGGAGGAGGAAUGA